CUUUUGUUUUUCUGUAAAAAGCCAUCUUUUGUGUUGCUCCUUUUUUACCUGAUAAACAAUUUUUCUCUGCCAAAACUUUCUUUCACUUCUUUUUAAAUUUAAUAUCUUGGCCGGUCCAGAAAGCUCUUUAUACAAAGGUCUCUUCUUAUUAAGAUAACAAAGAGAAAGAAAAAACCAGCAGCCAAGACUUUUUCUUUCUUCUCGUUGAGAUGAGAGCAGAUUUGAUUACAAUACAGCAAACGCUGACGCCCGAAGCAGCGACUGUUCUCAACCAGUCCAUCGCCGAGGCGACACGUCGCAACCAUGGCCACACGACUCCCCUCCACGUGGCGGCCACUCUCUUAUCAUCCUCCUCUGGUUUUCUCCGACAAGCUUGCAUCAAGUCCCACCCAAACUCCUCUCACCCACUCCAGUGUCGCGCUCUCGAGCUCUGUUUCAGCGUCGCCCUCGAACGCCUCCCUACCACAACAACUUCUUCUCCAUCGCAAACGCAGGAGCCUCCUCUGCUUUCAAACGCUCUAACCGCGGCUUUGAAACGCGCGCAGGCUCAUCAGCGGCGCGGUUGCCCGGAGCAGCAGCAGCAACCGCUUUUGGCGGUUAAAGUUGAGCUCGAGCAGCUCAUCAUUUCGAUUCUCGAUGACCCGAGCGUAAGCCGGGUCAUGCGGGAGGCUAGCUUCUCUAGCCCCGCCGUGAAGUCCGCGAUCGAACAGUCUCUUUCUGGUAAUUCCGUUAGACAAGGCGGGAUGGUUAACCCUUCUUCAAUUGGGUUCGGUUAUCGACCUGUACCGGUUCCGGUUAACCGGAAUUCUUAUGUUAAUCCCCGGUUACACCAAAACGGCUCAGGGACGCAUAGUGGUGGGAUGAUGCAGAGGACAGACGAAGUUAAACGGGUCAUCGAUGUAAUGACCCGCACCCGGAAAAGAAACCCGGUUCUCGUCGGCGACUCGGAGCCUCAAAUUCUCGUGAAAGAGAUUCUCGCCAAGAUCGAGAGCGGAGAAAUCUCCGACGGACCGCUUCGCAAUUUUCAGGUGAUCCGGUUGGAGAGUGAGUCACCACAAAUGGCGACGAGGUUUGGUGAAAUCUCCGGGUUGGUGGAGACCCGGAUAGGGAAUUCGGGUUUAACCGGUGGUGUUGUUCUUCAUCUCGGCGAUUUGAAAUGGUUAGCGGCGAACGGCGGCGGAGGAGGAGCUCUGGCGGAGAUGAGGAAGCUUUUGGUGAGGUACAAAGGGAGGUUAUGCUUCAUUGGUACGGCUACUUGUGAGACUUAUCUACGUUGUCAAGUUUAUUAUCCUUCGAUGGAGAAUGAUUGCGAUCUUCAAGCGAUUCCGAUCGCCGCUAAAUCUCUUCUUCCGACCUUGUUCCAAAGACUCGGGAGCAAUAACAACAACAACGCUAUGUUAUUAAGCAGUAACAUCAUCUCAGUGGAAUCUAUAUCUCCAACGAGAAGCUCCCAGAUUCCGACAAGUAAAAUGAGCUGUUGCUCUCAGUGUUUGCAGAGCUAUGAAAACGACGUCGCUAAAUUGGAAAAAUCAUUAACCGAAGAUAACCGGUCGGUCUUGCCACAGUGGCUGCAGAACGCUAAAGUCGACAACACAAAAGAUCAAGAGAUAGUGGAGUUGCAGAAGAAAUGGAACGACUUGUGUUUACGUUUACAUCCAAAACCGUCUCUGUCUGAAACAAUAUCUCCUUCGUCUUUGUCUAUGUUGAAACCAAACCCAAGAUCGGACAUAACUCCACCAGGAAGUCCAAUCGGUACAGAUUUGGUUCUUGGACGUCCCAACAUCAGAAAUGUAUCAUCACCGGAGAAAAAGAAGACUAGUGAAGCCCUUUCCGGAAAGCUAGGAGACUCAUUCGACAUCGAUCUAUUCAAGAAGCUACUCAAAGGCUUAGCCAAAACCGUCUGGUGGCAGCACGACGCAGCCUCUUCAGUAGCAUCAGCGAUCACCGAAUGCAAACACGGAAACGGGAGAUCAAAAGGUGAUAUUUGGUUAAUGUUCACCGGUCCAGACAGAACCGGUAAAACCAAAAUGGCGUCUGCGCUGUCCGAUCUCGUCUCGGGAAGCCAACCGAUAACCAUCAGCCUCGGUUCCCGUUCGCGGACCGACGAUGGUUUAAGCCUCCGUGGCAAAACGGCGUUGGAUAGAUUAGCGGAAACGGUUAGGAGAAACCCGUUUGCGGUUAUUGUGAUGGAAGACAUCGACGAAGCUGAUUUGUUGCUGCGUAACAACGUGAAGCUAGCGAUGGAACGAGGGAGGAUCUGUGAUUCGUAUGGACGCGAGGUUAGUCUAGGGAACGUUAUUAUAAUCCUGACCACGGAUUCGUCGCUCGGUUUAGCUGAAAGCGUUGUUCCUAUCGACGAGACAAGACUAGAGAGUCUCGUGAGGAGAGGAUGGAAGUUAAAACUCUCUGUUUGUAACAGAAGCAAUACAAGAAAACGAAAACCAAACUGGCUUUGUAACGACCAAACAAAGCAGAGGAAAGAGAUUUGUUUCGAUUUGAACGAAGCGGCCGAGUUUGAUUCGUCUAGUGAUGUAACGGUCGAGCACAACGAUCAAGAAGAUAAUAGUAACUUCCUCCACAAGCUAGUGGCGUUAGCUGACGACGCUAUAGUCUUUAGACCGGUUGAUUUUGGUUCGAUCAAGAACAUGACCAAAGAAUCUUUAAAGAAACGUUUCUCUGACGGUCUAACGGUGGAGAUUGAAGACGAUGCUUUGGAGAGAAUCGCUGGCGCGAUUUGGCUUAGCAAGAUUAGCUUAGAGGAGUGGCUUGAGGAAGCAAUGGGUUCGAGCUUGAAUAGCGUGAAGUCUCGAGUGUCCUCUUCUUUAGAAGAUUCUGUGAUUAGGAUUGCGCUUGAAGAUGAUGUAAGUGAUCGAACCUCCGGAGGAUAUCUUCCGAGUAGUAUAAGAACGGUGGUCGUUUGAGUAGUUUUUGUUUUUUCCGGUGAGGGGUAGAUUCGUAAUUAUUGAAUUGGGGAAGGGGAAAGAUGUAAAUAGUGUUAUUGUCUACAAACCGUCUUUGGCGGGGAGAGAAAAGUUCGGUAAAAACAUUACAGUAAAAAGGAGUUAUCAACGGCUCAGAAUAACUUACAGCCUUUAGAUAGAUAUGUGAAAGUAUAAUUUCUUGUUUC